UAGAAGAUCUACAUACGGGUAGUUUAUUUUAACCUGGUUUUUCGAGGGGUACAGUCUUAUGUAUCCUGGCUACUUUCGCUCUCACUUCAAUUGAGUCGUAUUUUUGUUCUGUUGCAUAUUGGAUUAGAACCAAGUCAUUACAUAUGCCUACUGACGCCCACGACACAUACAUUCAUUACUUCCUGCAGGGACCCGCGGGUUGUGUCGCCGUGCAGAAUUCCAGCUUCCUGUACAUUCGGGCGUACCGACAUGAAAGUUUUGAUCGUAGGAGCCGGCGUAGCUGGUCUGGGACUGGCAAACUCGCUUGCACAGCGAGAUAUCGUGCCGACAGUCGUAGAGAAGAACGACAGCAUCGGAGAUGCUAACUAUGUGAUUGUGCUGUUUCCAAAUGGCAUAAAUCAUAUUCGGGGAAUGGCAUUAUAUGACCAGCUUGAAAAGGUGUUGUCGCCAUACGAUCGUUACUCAAUGUUCACAUCAUCAGGCGAUCUACUUCAAUCCAUGACGUUCGACUCGAUUGAAUCGUACGGCCCUAGUGGGUUGGUAGAAAGAAAGGACUUGUUGCAGGUGCUAUUUGAUGGUACGAAACGACGUGGAAUUGACGUACGAUUUAAUACGACAGUUGAGAGCAUUGAAGAGUCUUCCGAUAGUGUAACUGUAAAGUUAUCCGAUGGAUCUACGGAUGUGUAUGAUGUGGUGGUGGGAGCCGACGGCAGUCAUUCAACAGUGAGGGAUAUGAUGUUUGGAGAUGUGCGCUUGGACUUUAGGGGUUUCAUUGGUUAUACCUGGUGCCUCGAUCCAAGUGCUGUGCCUGCUAUUGUUGAAUCACAGGUAUUUUGGGGUCCCGGGAAGAUGUUUGCAAUUUACCCGACUACGAAUACAGUUGGUGUUGUCUGUGGUUUUUGUGGACCAGAGAACACUCCGGUGCCAAUGGAAGAGAGAAUUGACUAUGUGAUCAGCUUAUUUUCGGAUUUCAAGGGACCCGUCCCGGACAUUUUGGCUGCUCUAAAGCUUUGGAACAAACCAGAAGAAUUAUGCUAUUUCGAUCAAUGUGAUAUGAAGAUGAAAAAGUGGCAUACGGAUAGGGUUGUGCUGAUUGGGGACGCCUGUCAUCUUGUGGUGUCUGGAGGUGUGAUUGGCGCAUCAUUUGCAUUGGAAUCGGCUACUGUUCUGGCCGAAGAGUUAAGCCGUACAGAUCCUACUCAAUCGCAAAUCGCAAGGUCACUUGAAGUGUACCAGAAUAGGCGCUUCAGGCGAUGUCAUCACUAUGGAGAGCAUUCCAGAUGGGCAUUGAACGUGACCUUUGUUUCGAAUCCUAUUCUUGUGUGGGCAAGAGGCAAGCUGACCAAGGCUAUGUCUUCUAAUAGUCUAGCCGGAGGAUUAAAGUCCAUGCUUGAUGAAUAUAGGUAGAAAGUUACAGCUAUAGUGAGCAGACGUGACUAUGACACAUACCUGUCUCUGAUGGGUUAGAUUUUGUGUUGUAGAUCUCUCGUAGUUACUAAACGUUAGUGAGAUGGUGAAGUAGGUAUCGAGGAGGUAGAUCGUUGUGUUCAAUGUGUUAUGAAUGUGGCA